CAUGUUGUCGCCACCCGUUACGACUCCUUCCCAAUUUCUUGCAAUCGUCGCCUGCUAUCUUUCUCUCUCUCUGUCUAAUGAGGAACAAUGGUUUUGACCUUGAAAAUUCUCUCUCUUCCCUUCAUAUACACGCAUUUGUUCUCUCUCUCUCUCUCUCUCUCUCUCUCUGCUUCACAAGAGAAACGAGACCCAGCUCCAGAAUCACCUCUAAGAUAAUAUCUUCGUUUACAUCCAAGUAAGUCCCCAAACGAUCCAACCCCGAUUUUAGCUAAACCUUUCUAUGUCUAUCUAUCUAUAUACAUAGAUAGAGAGCUUACCUUAAGCUCUCUUUAAAAUUGUAUAUGUAUAGUUGGGGUUUUAUGUGUUCACAACUGUUGUACUAAACAAAUAUUUCUCCCAAAACACUAGACACUACUUUCCCCCCUUUUGUGCUUUUUAUUUUUAUUUUUUUGGGUUCUAGCUCUGUAUGUCUCUGUUGCUUUUGUUGUGAAUUUUAGACUUUAGUUGAGAUCAGAAUCUGGGUUUUGUAUGAAUUUUGUUAAAAUUGAUUCUGUGCUGCUGUUCAAGUGGUUUCUGAGAAUCAGAUCAUGACCUCAAACCGGCCCCUUUUGAUCCCUUCCCCUAGAACCCCAGGCACCCAAGACUUGCCCUACACACCCAUCUUCACCGAUCUGUCCAAACCUGUUUCUGGGAUGGAUUCCAAUAACCCAAUUGAGGUGUCCCCACUUCCUGAUCCUAUCUUGGGCUUGUCGCCGUCCCAGCAUAGUGUUUCAUCAAUCCAGUCCAAGGCUUCCGCCGGAAAUUCUAUCCGGGAGGUGAGUUUUGGUGAUUUGGGAUCCAAAAAUAUGCGGCAUGGGUCAAGGGGUGCUGAUUCUGAAGCGCUUAGCGUGUCCCAGAAAGAGAUUAAUGAUGAGGAUGCAAGGCUAAUUUAUAUAAAUGAUCCCGAGAAGACGAAUGAGAGGUUUGAAUUUGCUGGGAAUUCGGUUAGGACUGCGAAAUAUUCCGCCUUAACCUUUUUGCCUCGCAAUCUCUUUGAACAGUUUCAUAGAGUUGCAUACAUAUAUUUCCUUGUGAUUGCUGUUCUCAAUCAGCUUCCACAGCUUGCAGUCUUUGGUCGAGCAGCUUCAAUCUUGCCAUUAUCCUUUGUGCUCUUAGUUACUGCAGUUAAGGAUGCAUAUGAGGACUAUAGGCGGCACCGGUCUGACCGAAUUGAGAACAAUCGAUUAGCAACAGUUUUGGUAAAUGAUCAGUUUCAAGAGAAGAAGUGGAAGGAUAUCCAGGUAGGCGAAAUCAUCAAAAUUGUUGCAAAUCAGACUAUUCCCUGUGAUAUGGUGCUGCUCUCAACCAGUGAUCCAACCAGUGUAGCCUAUGUCCAGACCAUUAAUUUAGAUGGGGAGUCAAACUUGAAGACACGGUAUGCAAAGCAAGAGACCGUUUCAAAAGUUCCCGAGAAGGAAAAGAUUAGUGGGUUGAUCAAGUGUGAGAAACCUAACAGGAAUAUCUAUGGAUUCCAUGCAAACAUGGAAAUUGAUGGGAAACGGGUUUCUCUCGGACCGUCUAAUAUUAUUCUUCGUGGCUGUGAGAUCAAGAACACUGCAUGGGCAAUUGGGGUUGCAGUGUAUGCUGGCGGGGAGACCAAAGCAAUGCUCAACAACUCUGGAGCUCCGUCUAAGAGGAGCCGAAUUGAGACCCGUAUGAACCGGGAGAUUAUUCUUCUCUCUGUCUUUCUUGUUACUUUGUGUACUGUGGUCUGCAUUUGUGCCGGUGUUUGGUUAGUGCGCCAUAAGCAUGAACUGGCUUACAUCCCCUUUUUCAGGAAAGCAGAUUUCUCUACAGGCGAAGAGACGGACUAUAACUAUUAUGGAUGGGGGAUGGAGGUUUUCUUUAUAUUUCUCAUGUCAGUUAUUGUGUUCCAGAUCAUGAUCCCGAUAUCACUGUACAUUUCUAUGGAGCUUGUCCGUGUUGGUCAAGCUUACUUCAUGAUCAGGGAUUCCCAAAUGUAUGACGAAGCGUCAGAUUCAAGAUUCCAGUGCAGGGCUUUAAAUAUAAAUGAAGAUCUGGGACAAGUAAAGUACAUUUUCUCAGACAAAACUGGUACCUUGACUGAGAACAAGAUGGAAUUUAAAUGUGCAAGCAUUUGGGGUGUAGAUUACAGUGGUGGGAAAACGAGUUCACAAGAUGAACAAGUGGGAUACACGGCUCAAGUGGGCGGGCAGGUUCUGAGGCCGAAGAUGAAGGUGAAGGUUGAUCCAGAGCUUCUAUACCUAUCCAAAAGCGGGAAGCAUACAAUAGAAGGCAAACAUGUUCAUGAUUUCUUCCUUGCAUUGGCCGCUUGCAACACAAUUGUGCCUCUUAUUGUUGAGACAUCUGAUCCUACACUGAGUUUGAUAGAUUAUCAAGGGGAAUCUCCGGAUGAACAGGCAUUGGUUUAUGCUGCUGCUGCUUAUGGUUUUACGCUUAUAGAGCGAACCUCCGGCCACAUAGUUAUAGAUGUUCAAGGAGAAAGACAAAGGUUUAAUGUUUUAGGAUUGUUUAAUUUAUACUUCAUUAGGAUGUCGGUUAUACUUGGUUUCCCUGACAAGAGCGUAAAAGUCUUUGUAAAAGGUGCUGACACGACCAUGUUUAGUGUAAUAGAUAAAUCCUUGAACUUGAACGUAAUACGUGCAACUGAAGACCAUCUUCACUCUUAUUCAUCUGUGGGUUUGAGAACCCUUGUUGUGGGAAUGCGGGAACUAAAUUCUUCAGAAUUUGAGCAAUGGCAGUCUUCUUAUGAGACAGCAAGCACUGCUUUGAUUGGAAGGGCAGCUUUACUACGUAAGGUUGCUAGCAAUGUAGAAAAGUCCCUGACUAUAUUGGGUGCCUCUGGAAUCGAAGAUAAACUGCAAAAAGGCGUGCCAGAAGCUAUAGAGUCUCUAAGAGUGGCAGGUAUUAAGGUCUGGGUUUUGACUGGGGACAAGCAAGAAACUGCCAUUUCCAUUGGCUACUCCUCUAGACUUUUGACUAGCAAGAUGACCCAGAUUGUUAUUAACAGCAACUCCAAGGAAUCAUGUAAAAAGAGUUUAGAAGAUGCAUUGAUUAUGUCUAAGAAGCUCAUGACAGUGUCUGGUGCUGUGCACAAUAAUACUGAAGGAAAUUCUGGAGCUGGCGCAAGUUCACUUGCCUUGGUCAUUGAUGGAACAAGCCUUGUUUAUAUCCUUGAGACUGAACUUGAUGACCAGCUCUUCCAAUUAGCCAGUAAAUGUUCUGUUGUGCUAUGUUGCCGUGUGGCUCCAUUGCAAAAGGCUGGAAUUGUUAACCUCGUAAAGAACAAGACAGAUGACAUGACUCUUGCCAUAGGGGAUGGUGCUAAUGAUGUUUCAAUGAUCCAAAUGGCUGAUGUGGGAGUUGGUAUCAGCGGGCAAGAGGGUCGGCAAGCUGUCAUGGCAUCAGAUUUUUCAAUGGGGCAGUUCAGAUUCUUGGUUCCCCUUUUAUUGGUUCAUGGACAUUGGAAUUACCAGCGGAUGGGCUACAUGAUAUUAUACAAUUUUUACAGGAAUGCGGUGUUUGUUCUUGUCUUAUUUUGGUAUACGCUUUUCACUGGUUUCACUUUGACAACUGCAAUUACUGAGUGGAGCAGCGUCUUGUAUUCAGUAAUUUAUACUUCAUUUCCUACAAUCUUUGUUGGAAUCCUAGACAAGGAUCUAAGUAGAAUGACUCUUCUAAGGUAUCCCCAGCUUUAUGGGGCUGGACAGAGAGGGGAAAGCUAUAAUGCAAAACUAUUUUGGAUAACAAUGGCAGACACUUUGUGGCAAAGUGUAGCUGCCUUCUUUCUCCCCCUCUUUGUGUUCUGGCACAGCACUAUUGAUGGUUCGAGCUUAGGAGAUCUUUGGACACUUGCAGUGGUGAUUCUGGUUAAUAUACACCUGGCCAUGGAUGUGAUUUGGUGGACUUGGAUUACUCAUGCAGCCGUUUGGGGAUCUAUAGUUGCAACCUUUAUUUGUGUCCUCGUUAUUGAUGCUAUACCUGGAUUACCUGGUUACUGGGCCAUCGUUCAUCUUGCUCAAACAGGAUUGUUUUGGUGGUGCUUGCUUGGCAUCCCAAUCGGAGCAUUGAUUCCUCGUUUUGUUGUAAAAAUUUUUGUUCAAUACUAUGGAGCUGAUGAUAUUCAGAUUGCAAGAGAAGCUGAGAAGUUUGGGGGGUUUAGGGAGUUUGGAGGUGGAGAAAUUGAAAUGAACCCAAUUUUCGAUCCCCCCAGGAGAUGACUAGGUGAUUUUGUUGUGUGCAUCUAAUCUUCUUCUUCUUUUUUGUAAAAACUGUAGUUGUCAUAUUCUUUUAGGCUUUUUUUUUUAAUUAUUUUAUUUUAUCUUUUUUUUUCUGUGUCAAGUACAUCAUAUUAUUUAGGCUGCAUCAUAAUAUAUCUCCCUUUCACUCUAGCCACAUUUCGAUUGUUUGCUAUCCGAAGGAUAGAAAUUGUAAUGCUUGAGUUUGUAUCCUUCCUAUUGUAAUUUUUCACAGAAUGACGCAAUGUAAAUUAGAGCGCUGUUUACGACCCAAAA